AUGGGUGUUGUCACUGUAGCUGAACUCAAGCCAAGCAUAUCAGGAAAAAGGUCCUUUAAACCCACUUCAAGUGCUAAGCAAGUUACAGAAUGGCCGAUAUCCGAUGUCUCAAGUGAUCUAACUGUCGAAGUAGGGACCGCGAGUUUCUCGCUUCACAAGUUCCCCCUUGUCUCGCGUAGCGGCCGAAUCCGGAAGCUUUUAACCGACUCGAAAAUGACGAAGCUGAACCUAUCGUCCAUCCCCGGCGGGCCCCACGCCUUCGAGCUCGCCGCGAAAUUCAGCUACGGCUUCGGAAUCGAGCUCACGGCCUCGAACCUGGCCGCCCUCCGCUGUGCGGCCCACUUUCUCGAGAUGACCGACGAUUUCCCGGAAAAAAAUCUCGAGUCGAGAACCGAAGCAUUUCUCCGAGAAAUCGUCCUCCCGAGCACCCCAAAUUCCAUAACCGUCCUCCGAAACUGUGAAAAUCUCCUCCCGACCGCCGAAGAAAUCAACCUCGUCGGCCGCGUAAUAAACGCAAUCGCCAACAACGCGUGCAAGGAGCAGCUCGCUUCGGGCCUUUCGAAACUCGAGCACGGCUUCGGCCCAAAACCGAGCCCCCCCGAGCCGAAGCCCGAGCUUCCUCCCGAUUGGUGGGGGAAGUCGCUAGCCUCGCUUGGGCUCGAUUUUUUCCGGAGGGUACUCUCGGCAAUCAAGACGAAAGGCCUGAAGCCGGACAUAAUCAGCCGAAUCUUGAUACAUUAUGCGCAGAACACGCUCGUUUUGCGAGACCAACCGAACGAGCUCGAAAUGCAGAGGAAGCAGAGGUCGACAGUCGAGACGAUCGUUAACCUUUUCCCAACCCAGUCGAGAAAAAGUGUCGUCCCGAUGGCUUUCCUCUCGAGCCUGCUGAAAUCCGCCACGUAUUCAUCCGCCUCGACUUCUUGCCGGUCGGAUCUCGAGCGGAGGAUCGGUUUACAGCUGGACCAAGCGAUUCUCGAAGAUAUCCUGAUUCCCGCCAAUUCGAGUUCUCACGGCACGCUUUACGAAACGGACUCUGUUUUAAGGAUUUUCUCGACUUUCCUUAACCUGGACGAGGAUGAGGAUGACGAUGACGUGGACGAGAGCGAAAUGGUUUACGAUUUCGACAGCCCUGCUGCAGGCUCACCGAACCAGAGCUCCCUCGUUAAAGUCUCGAAGCUGAUGGACAAUUAUCUUGCUGAGGUGGCGCUCGACCCGAACUUGGCUCCGUCGAAAAUGAUCGCCCUUGCCGAGCUGCUCCCGGACCACGCUCGGUUAAUGUACGACGGGUUGUACCGUGCCAUGGAUAUCUUUCUCAAGGUUCAUCCGAACAUGAAAGACUCGGAAAGGUACCGACUUUGCAAGGCCAUCGAUUGUCAAAAGCUCUCGCAAGAGGCGUGCAGCCACGCGGCUCAAAAUGAGCGCCUCCCGGUUCAAAUGGCGGUGCAAGUUCUCUACUUUGAGCAGAUUCGGCUGAGGAAUGCAAUGAAUGGGGCCUCUUCCGGGCCUCAUGGCCCGUUUUUCUUCUCAGGUGGUCCACAUUUUGCUCACCGAUCGGGAAGUGGGGUUGGGAGUGGGUGCAUCUCGCCCCGUGAUAACUACGCGUCCGUCAGGAGGGAGAAUCGGGAGCUGAAGUUGGAGGUGGCGAGGAUGAGGAUGAGACUGACGGACCUGGAGAAGGAUCACGUGACAAUGAAGAAGGAGCUCGUGCGGGCCCACCCGGCGCAUAGGUUGUUCAGGUCGUUCAGGAGGAAGCUGAGCAAGAUGUUUCGGGUGAGGGGAUCGAGCGAGGGCCGGUUUUUGUUUCAGAGGAGGAGGAGGCAUUCGAUGUCGUGA